AUUUAGAAUUAGAGCCACCCACAUGGACAAGCUGUACUCGACUCAAUGGAGGACUGGACAAGUCUAUGCAAUGAUAAAGACACUGAGGCUAUUGUUCUCUCGAAGAUGAGGGAAAUAGGAUUGAGUGCUCACCUGAAGUAUGCAGUUCAGAGCAAAAUCAAGGACCAAAACGUCCAAAUCAGUGACCUAGAGGAAACAGUACAUGCCAGCGUAAAUACACCAGAACUUCAGACACUCCUAAAGAAUGCUGUGUAUAAGGAGGUGAUAAGUCUACAGAAUAAAGUAGGCAUUGACGGCAGUGAGCUCCGCCCACUUUGUAAGGAGCCACUGGAUUUUGUUCGAGUGGCUGAAGAGGAGUGGGAAGCCACACUGAGACAAGGAAUCAACACUCUGGCCAUUGAGAAGAACCUACCACUAUGCAAGGAGAGGUCACCUUCUGAAAGUGAACAAUUGAGACGGAAGUGGAAUUCAAUUGGAAGUAAUUUCCCAGGACUCCAUGAAAUGAACCCGAUAUACUCCCCUAAGGACUUUCUGGAGGUGCUUACUCGUGUGAGGAACAGCAACUACAACCCUGGAGUGGACUGUGGGGGUCUAAUGAAACUCAACGUCAACGUCAAGUCCCUUACUCAACUAAGAAUGCUGUUUUCGAGUUUGCAUCCCUCAAAUCUGCAAAUGGAGAACUCUCUGUCGAGAAAUGGUGGAGUGGAGUACAAUGAAAAGGCUGAGAAAGUGUUGCAACAUGAACUUUGCCCCCUGGCGAGAGAGCUGUGCAAGGGAGGGUGUCCAGUGGGUCUCAGGAGGGAACUGUGGGGCAGAGCACUCACACUGAACACCAGCAGCCCAGAGCAUGCUUUUGUGUUUGAAGAGCUGAAAAUGUCCGUUAUGAAGUACAGUCUUUUGUUUGAAAAACUGCUAGUGAUGGAUGUGAAGAAAAUUGCAGCGAAUGAUGACAACUUCUUUGUGUUUGAGGACAACAUGCAUCAGGUGUUGCUGUGUUUCCUCCAUGACAACACUAUGCUCCCUCACUUUGACCACCUCAGUGUAACACCAAUGAAGGCCUUCAAAACAGGUCAUUCUGGAGACCCUCAUUACCAAACAGUGUAUCCCCCCAGUGGGAUUAUUCCGUUUCAUGGCUUCUCUAUAUUCCUUGCUCCUCUGUGCUUCAUGUUUGAUCGAGCGGAUCGAUUGUAUGCACUUUUCAGAGAAAUGUAUCUCAGGUAUUUUGUGCACCUACACUGCAUUUCAUCACAUCCUCAGGGUAUUCUGGGUCUGUGUUGUCAGUUUGAGCACCUCCUCCAGUGCAAGCAGCCAGAGCUAACAGAACACCUCAGGAAGAUUGGGGCAGAACCACUGAGGAUGGCGUUUGAUUGGCUGAUGACAGCUUUUGCCGGUCACCUGGAGACUCGUCAGCUCCUCCUCCUCUGGGAUAGGAUCAUCGGCUACAAUACUCUCAGCCUACUACCAGUAAUGGCUGUCUCUGUGUUUGAGUUCCGAGCUACCAAUCUCUUCAAGGCAACCACACUCACUGAAGCAGAGACUGUACUCUCUGAUCUUCGCUGCCUGAACAUUCUCCCUCUAUUGCAACAAACACUUUUCAUGUGACAGUAUGAGGACCCCAUAAUUAGUAUCUCAAUUUCAGAAUCAUGCUUAUCAAUCAGUUAAUUAAUGAC